UACUGUUUCUACCCACGCCAACCCAUCCCUUCCCUCUCCCUUCCCUCUCCAUCUCUUGCUCGUAACGUAUCGGCCGGCACGAUGCACGCGAAAUCCGACUCGGAGGUGACGAGCCUAGCCCCGUCGUCACCGACUCGGUCCCCACGUCGGCCGCUGUACUACGUUCAAAGCCCGUCCCAACACGAUGCGGAGAAGAUGUCGUUUCAGUCGAGCCCAAUGGGCUCGCCCGCCCACCACCAUUUCCAAUACCAUUGCUCGCCCAUCCACCAUUCUCGAGAAUCGUCCACGACUCGGUUCUCCGCCUCACUCAAGAACCCGAAGAACGGCGCUUGGAGGAAGAUGAUGAAUGGAGAGGCCGGCGUUGAUGAUGAUGAUGGUGAGGAUGAUGAGGAUGAUGGGAAUGAUGUUGGGAAGAAGAUGUCUUUGCCCAGAUUCUAUUUCAUCUGUUUCGUGCUCUCGUUCGUUCUUCUUUUUACUGCUUUCUCUUUGAUUCUUUGGGGAGCCAGCAAGCCGUACAAGCCUAGAAUCUCCGUGAAGAGCAUUGUGUUCGAGCGUUUCAAUGUACAAGCAGGAAUGGAUGCAACAGGAGUACCGACCAAGAUGCUGUCUCUUAAUUCUACGGUCAGGAUCUCUUUCCGCAACCCAGCUACUUUCUUUGGCGUACAUGUAUCCUCCACGCCUAUCAUUCUUUACUAUUACCAGCUCGAGGUUGCUUCCGGAUAUAUGAAGGAAUUCUAUCAAUCUCGGAAAAGCCAACGGCUGAUAACAGCAACGGUGCAGGGGACCCAGAUUCCCCUCUACGGUGGAGGUUCGAGUCUGACCAGUUCGCAUGAAAGUCCCAUCAGUGUCCCUCUCAACCUAACCUUCGUGGUUAGAUCUAGAGCGUACGUCCUUGGUAAGCUCGUGAAGCCUAAAUUCUAUCGGACCGUCCAUUGCUGGGUUACUUUGAAACAGAACCGGCUUGGGAAACGGGUUGAUCUGAAGGAGUCAUGCAACUACGACUGAUGGAAGUUAUCUAAAAUGCCCCUGGAUAUUCUAACAAACUACCAGAAAUGUCCAGUGGGUGGUUUUGGUAUUUUGAAAGAUUGGAAGGGGCCAGCCAGGCCUUUGGACAUCGAUUGGACGGGUGAGAAUGCAGAUGUCAUCUCUCGUAGCGUUUCUGCCCAAGGAAUUAGAUUGAUUGGUGUUGCGAUUAUGGGUUUUGUUUAGAAAUUGUUUAAUGUUUAGUAGUAAAUCUUGUGCAAGAUGAAAGCCGUUCAUCAGGUGGUCCACUUUGAAAUCAGGCAUAUAUUGUUAUUAUGUAUGCCACGUGUACAAGAAUGCAUGAAAGAUUAAAGAGAAAUUGUCGGACGGUUGAAAUUCUGUGUU